GCCUUGAUAGAUCGAAACUAGGUGUGGGGUACUUCAACAUGCCUCAACAUCGAUGCUCUUCACCCAUCAAACAACCUUGUUUAGAGGUACAUGGCAGUUCCUCUUCGGUUUUGGAUGCAGCAACAGAUCCUUUGGUAACUGAGCGUACUGCAUGCUGUACUAUGCGUGCUGACAAAUUUACUGCAUCAUUAAUUUCUACUCAACAACAGGGAAAUAUCACGUCAGGGUCAACCCAAUGUGCUCUCCCAAGCAUAAGCAAACGGGAGGAUUUUUUUUGCGUACAUGAAAAAAAAGAUCUUGAAUCGAAGUCCAUCUACCACAGUUUAGACAGAAGUGAACGCUCAUGUGAUGAGGGUGUUUUGUUGAAUAUGCUACACUCACAAACUUCCCGUGAUCUUUCACCGCUUGAAAAUUCAAAUUCAUAUGGCAGGUCAAGCUAUAUCCCAUCGAGGUUCCUUAAAUUUUUUAACGAUUCUGAGUUGCAGGCAUCUAAGAGGCAAGCCAUGUCUGACUAUAUCAUAAUAAAAAACAAGCUGGAGCUUCGGGAGCUACUCCUUAACGCUGAAAUUAUGAGAGGAGAGAUUGAGGAUGCUGCCUUAUCACAACUACAGGCCAUUCAUACUAGAUUUUGUAAAGAAUUAUCAAAGUUUUCUAUGCUAGCUGGAGUCCCAGGUCGACGACUUCUAAAAUUCCAAGGUCGACUCAAGCAGCGUGAGAACCUUAAGAAUGCUGAAAAUGCGAAAUGGGAGGCACAACUUCUAGCAGAAGGUCGUUGUGCAUGGCAAGAUGAAGUCAAGGCACAGGAAGAGAAGUCUAGAGAAGAAGUGGAGCGUUCCAGGCUGAAGAAAAUUCAAGAAAAUCAAUUUCGAGCAGCUAUCGUCUUUAUUGUUUGUCGUGAGCGUACUGACCGCGGGCUGCUUGAAGGGGAAGUUGAGACAGCAUGGAAUGAGUUGUGCGGCAAGGAAGCUAACGAACGUAAGGAGGCAGAGCAGUUGGCUUAUGAGAGAUUUAUGAAUAGUCCGGAGCAGCUCGCUUUGGCAGCCGAGCGUGAGCGGAAGGCACUGAGGGAGCGCAAAAAAAAGGCACGUUUGCAAAGAAUACUUCAAAGUGAACAGAAGCGUAUCAUAGAAAGAUGUCAUCAUGGACGCAAUGGAACUUCUCUUCUCGAAAACCCUGGGCCUCAAAAGGCUUGCUGCCGCUGUCGUAUUCGUUUUGACGAACAUUUAGGCUACUAUAUUAGCAGCGAUGCGAACAACUCAUCUGGGAAUCCACAAAAAAGGAAAUAA